AUGCCUAUCAGUCGACAGCUACACCGGUUAAUCUUUCUCGUAUUAAUCCAGCCCUUCUUAGGCCUACAGCUGCAUCUACGGCAGCACCUCUACGGCAGCACCUACGGCAGCACCUACGGCAGCACCUAUGGCAGUACCUACGGCAGCACCUAUGGCAGUACCUAUGGCAGCACCUAUGGCAGCGCAUACAGCAGCGUAUACAGCAGCGCAUACAGCAGCGCAUACAGCAGCGCAUACAGCAGCGCAUACAGCAGCGCAUACAGCAGCGUAUACAGCAGCGCCUACGGCUACACCUACGGCUGCACCUGCAGCUAA